AAGGGAAUAUCACGCACGGGUGUCGUUGUGAAAGCAGUUGUUCCUCCACGUCCAGACACCCAUCUUUACACGUUAAAACUCUUUUUUUACGCGAUAUUUUUAACGGAAUCAGCUCUUUACCGAUAUUGCUUCAGUGUGGUUUGCGACAGGUAGUGUCAGCUUCCUGCACGGCGAUUUUAAUGGGGGUCUUGUAUCGAUAAAGCAACCCCCCUCCCCCCCCGACGGACCCUCGCUCGAACCGGACUCGGGCGCUGUCCUCGCCGGGGGGUGUCCGAUCCCAGUUCUAUUUUUGACUACGAAAAGCAAACUGUGGAGUUCGAAAAUGGCAGGAAAUCUGAAGAAAGGUGGGGGGCUAAUUGGCAUGAUGAAGGACGCUUUUCAGCCUCACCAUCACCUCCACCACUCCCAUCACCAGCCCGGGGCUGUGGACAAAAAGACUGUGGAGAAAUGCUGGAAAUUCAUGGACAAGGUGGUGCGAUUAUGCCAGAACCCCAAGUUGGCCUUGAAGAACAGCCCUCCAUACAUACUGGACCUGUUGCCAGACACCUACCAGCAUCUACGCACAAUCCUGUCUCGUUACGAAGGGAAGAUGGAAACGCUGGGUGACAACGAGUAUUUCCGUGUUUUUGUGGAGAAUUUAACCAAGAAGACGAAGCAAACCAUAAGUCUGUUCAAGGAAGGCAAAGAGCGAAUGUUCGAGGAGAACUCGCAGCCCAGACGGAACCUGACAAAAUUGUCACUGAUAUUCAGUCACAUGCUAGCUGAGCUCAAAGCCAUCUUUCCCAAUGGACUGUUUCAAGGAGAUAACUUCAGAAUUACCAAAGCAGAUGCUGCAGAGUUCUGGAGAAAAUCGUUUGGGGACAAGACCAUUGUGCCUUGGAAGGUGUUCCGGCAAGCCCUGCAUGAAUUCCACCCCAUCAGCUCAGGCCUCGAGGCCAUGGCUCUUAAAUCCACCAUUGACCUCACCUGCAAUGACUACAUCUCUGUCUUUGAGUUCGACAUCUUCACCAGGCUUUUUCAGCCAUGGUCGUCAUUGCUGAGAAACUGGAACAGCCUGGCAGUGACUCAUCCAGGGUACAUGGCCUUUCUCACCUAUGAUGAAGUCAAAGCUCGUCUCCAAAAAUUCAUCCACAAGCCUGGCAGCUAUAUCUUCAGACUGAGCUGUACGCGGCUCGGCCAGUGGGCUAUUGGUUACGUCACGGCUGAUGGGAACAUCUUGCAGACCAUUCCUCACAACAAACCCCUCUUCCAAGCUCUCAUCGAUGGCUUCAGGGAAGGAUUCUACCUUUUCCCUGAUGGCCGCACUCAGAACCCAGACCUCACAGGUCUGUGUGAGCCCUCCCCUCAAGACCAUAUCAAAGUCACACAGGAGCAAUACGAGUUGUACUGUGAGAUGGGCUCCACCUUCCAGCUGUGCAAGAUCUGCGCAGAGAACGACAAGGAUGUGAAAAUUGAGCCGUGCGGCCACCUCAUGUGCACUUCCUGCCUUACGGCCUGGCAGGAGUCAGAAGGCCAGGGCUGCCCCUUCUGUCGCUGUGAAAUUAAGGGCACAGAGCCCAUCGUCGUUGACCCCUUUGACCCCAAGGACCCUAACAGCAGCUCCUAUGGUGGCUGCAGGGGCUCAUUUGGAGCGGAGGGCACGCCAUCGCCCAGCUACGACGAUGACGAUGAUGAUCGAUUGGAAGACUCUUUCAUGAUUAGCAAAUUGGUCGGUGCUAAGGUGGAGAGGCCGCCUUCACCGCUGUCAAUCGUCCCUCAGCCCAUCGUUCCCCCAGUACCUCCCCGCCUUGAUCUGCAUCCUCUUAGACCCACCAACCCUCCCGGAGCCUCUAGUCCAGGGGCCACAUCCAAGGCCCCCUCACAUCAUAAGGACAAGCCAUUACCCUUGCCCCCAACUUUAAGAGACCUGCCCCCUCCUCCUCCCCCAGACCGGCCACCCCCAACCGUGUCAGAUAGCCGGCUUCUGAGACGUCCUCUCCCCAGUACGCCUGGAGAACCUCCUUGGGACAAAUUGCCUCCUGCCCCUCCCAACCGCAACAUGCCAGACUGGAACUCCCGGCCGGUACCCAAAGCCCCCUCCCAGCCACCAGCAGCCGCAGACUCCCGCGGAAAUCGAGAACUCUCCAACCGACACUCCCUGCCUCUGCAACUACCCUCUGCACUUGAUGGCAGAGCAGAAGGUGCAAGAAACAAUGGUCCCCCCAGCCUGGACCACCAACUGAGUUUUGGAUCAUCUAUUGCUGGGUCAGAGUAUGACAGCCCAAAAGUGAAGCCAUCUGCCUCAGCUAAUGCCAUCUAUUCCCUGGCCAUCAGGCCUCUCCCAGCAGUGAAGCCGCAGACGGGGGAGGACGCCUGUGAGAACGACGAGGAGUCAGAGUACAUGACCCCAUCUUCUCUGCCAGCCCUCCCUUCUGCUGCAGGGGAAGCAGUACCAAGACCUCCUCCACCUUCUCUUAGUUCCAGGAGCAUGCUCAAUGAAAUUGAGUCAGAAAGCCCACAGAUGUAUGAAGCCAUGUAUAACAUCCAAGCCCAGGCCCUCACUGCCUCUGGAUCACAGACCAGCAACUCAGAUUACUCAGAAUUGCCUCCUUUGACCUGCUCGAAUGGGCUAAUGGAUCCAAUUGGUGCAGUUGGUGAGGAGGAGGAGAACAACUAUGACUACCCCAAACCUCUACACUUUGCCCAUGCCCGGCGCACACUCUCUGACGUGAACCCCUCUGCCUUCAGCCGCCUCUCCAUAGACAGUGAGCUCGGAGCAACAUCAACAGUCACGGACCCCUCUGAAGCCCCUGAGCGGCCUCCAAAGCCUCUUCCCCGCCGCAUCAACUCAGAACGCAGGCCCAGUCCUGUUCCCCCUGGAGCGACUCCAGGGCCCAGCCAGCAGAUCACCAGCGAGAUUGAGCACCUCUUGAGCCAGGGCUACUCCCACCAGGACAUCCAAAAAGCCCUUAUGAUUGCACAGAACAAUAUCGAAAUGGCCAAGAACAUUCUGAGGGAGUUUGUGUCCAUUCCCUCUACUGCACAUAUCUUAACAUAGCAAACAUUUUCCGAGCACCUGUCAUGCUUGCAUUCGUCUCAGACUCCAGAAGAGGGGGAACUACUAGCUCUAGUGACAGCGAGAGCUCUUCUCCAUAAUACUUCUUGGAAUCUCUGUCCUCCUUUGUGUGUUGAAGAACGCCGCUCCGUUGCAAGCGACUCUUCUGCCUGAAGCAUAACCAAUCUUGGUAUGUCUUAAGGCGUCGCAUGUCCCCCGAGGUUUUCUGUGAAAUUUAAUGACAAAACAAAAAAAGACAAAAACAUGUAUGUGUUUAUGUAAUGAUUUAAUAUAUAAAUCAGAAUAAUGAGUUAAUAUAUACACAUGUAGGUCAGAGAGGGAGGUUAGCUGCAGAGAUAUGUGAAGUAUUAGGCCUCAGAGUUUAGAUGGCUAAAGGGAGUUCAGUUAAACACAGCAGACUGCAGCUGAGCAUUUUCUAGUGUGAAAAAAUGGCCUUUCACUUGUGUUGCUUCGGUACAUUUCUUAGUGUGUGUGACUUUCAUUGUUUUCGUCUGUCAAGUAAAAUGGCGUACGUGUCGGCCCCCUCAACGCAGUCACCUGUUUUAGAGAAUUCCCCAGAUGAGGUGCUGUUUUGGGAUACCGCUCAACCUAAAGCAACCAGUUCUCCACUAUGACCAUGACCUCCAGGGUACUGUGAGGACAGGACUGUGGGAUUUCAGUGCGUGGUGGUGGCUGGCAUCGGAAAUGGGCUCUCCGUUAGCCUCGUUAUGUCUGUGUAGCAUUACUGUAACUGUACUGUACCAUAAAUUUCACUCCCAAAAUUGAGCAGAUGAACUGAAUUAAAGCAAUAGUUCACCCAAAAUGAUAUCAUCACUUACUCCCCCUCAUGUCAUUCCAAACCCAUAUGACUUUCUUUCUUGGAACACAAUUGGAGAUUUUAGGAAUGACAGGCUCUAUUGUCAUUCACUUUCAUUUUAAGGAAUGGUUUCUGAGACUAACAUACUGGAAUGAGGGUGAGUAAAUGAUGACAGAAUUUUCAUUUUUGGCUGAACUAUCACUUUAAGGACAGCCAGUCUAAUUCCCAAUUGGUGGAACGUGCUGAUGAAGGGUACACACUUCUGUUGAGACUAAUUUGAUUUUAAAACUCACUUUACUCCCUCUGUCUGAAGCAGGAUGGCAGGGGACAUGCUAAUUGUUUGCUCUAAUCUGAAUGUGUCAUUAAUACGGUUGUCUCUUACAGACUUUUGUGAAGUUGUGUGUUUACUAAAGAUUGUGAUCUCUAAUAGAGUAAGAGUAGCGUAGAGAAGUUGGACAGGAAGGUGAUACUGCUCAUAAGUAUUUGCUUAUAAAUGUCCAAGUCCUGGCCAAAUUUCUGUAUUCGGUGAGGACUGAAAUCACUCAUGGGGAGGUUCUGACUCGUGUAUGAAUCUGUUCAUCUUCAAAACCAUGCCAUUUGAUCACCUUAAUAUAUUGUUGUUAUUAUUAAUGUUAUUAUUAUUUUUGGAUUUAUUGUUAUUAAUACAGAAGUGCUUUACUGCUGCUAUCAUUGUUAGUGCUAAACAAUUAAGCCUUAAAUGUACAUUUGUGAAUACUGUGUAUAACCCAUUUUAAAGUGACAGUAUCUGUUCUGUGUAAUUUGGUAAUGUAGCAUACUUGAAAAUCAGCAUCUUGCGCAGGUGUGAGACCGGUUUGAUUGAGCUUUUUUGUUUUUCAGUCUGUUUGCAUGUGUAUGUGUGCGAACAUGUUUGGCUGUAAAAGACCAGACAUGGGAAGUCUGCUCUCAUCCAGGUACUCUUUACAUUGCGUAUUGCUUGAAAACAUACGUUUAUCGAACUGAGGUCAAAUGCAUCAUGGGGCUCAUCGCAGAAGGUCUUAUUUAUUUUCUUUCCUUGUCUUUCAAGACUUUGUGUUUGAAGGAUAGUUCUCCCAAAAAUGAUAAUUGGAACUUGUUGUUCCAAACCCAUUACUUUUUUUUUUCCCCCUUUUCUUUUUUUUUUUUUUUCUCCUUUUCUUUUUUUUUUUUUCUCCUUGGUAAAAAAAAACUAAACAAAAAGAGAGAGAUCAGUUGAUAUUAGGAAGGUUAGACUCAGCCACCAUUCAUAUCCAUUGCAUCUUUUUUUUUUUUUUCAUACAAAAAGUGAAUGGUGGCUACAUUCACUUUUAGUAUGAAAAGGCAGAGUAACAUUCUGCCUAAAAUUUCCUUUUGUGUUCCAAAGAAGAAAGUCAUACGGGUUUGGAACAACAAGAGGGUGAGUAAAUCAUGACAGAAUUUACAUUUUGGGUAAACAAUCCCUUUUAACCCUGUCAUGUAUUGGGUCAACUUUUCAGCGGCAGCCCUGUUUAAGCUAUGAUCGCAGUGCCCACAGUCCGCCUGCUGUUAGGGAGAGGGGGCAAGUUCCUAUUUUUGGGCCCUCCCAGUCUCCUCUUGUACUCAGGAAUACCAUACAUUUAAACAGAAUCUGCAUUGGUGACUCCGUACUAGUGAGUGGUAAUUGACCUUUUAACCUGUGCAAGACUUGCUCAUGUACAGGGUGAAACCAAUGCUAGACUACUUUAAAAAAUAAAUAAAUACAAAUAAUCAAGAUUACAGUGAGGCACUUACAAUGGAAGUGAAUGGGGGGCCAAUUUUUGAAUGUUAAAAUACUCACUUUUUCAAAAGUAUAGCAACAAGAUAAAGGAUAUUUGAGUAAAUUUGAUUUUAGUGUGAUGAAGUUGCUCACUAACCUUUUGUGUGUAGUUAUAGCCAAUUUGAUAACCUCGUUGUCUUGACGAUGUAAUGUCAACAACCUCUAAAAUGACUGCAAAAAUUACAAUUUAAACAACUUAACCGCUCAAAUAAUUCAGAAGAAACAGUUUUAACAGAAUAAUAAAUUAAAGUGCUUUUAUAAAAUUAUUAGCUUAAUUUCUUCCUUUUAAACAAAGAAUUGGCCCCAUUUACUUCCAUUGUAAGUGUCUCACUGUAACAUUGAUUUUUGCAUUUUUCAAGAAAAGCAGAAAUGAGACUAAAUACAUUUUUGUGGUAAUAUUAUACCACAAAUGCUAAUGUUAAUUGAGCUUGACUUGUAUUGAGCCCGGAAUAUUCCUUUAACUGUGCUGACAAAUCCAUGCGGAUAACGGUUUGGAAUUGUACAGAACCGCGCUGAAGUGGAAAUGCUUUUCAAUAUUUAAUAGUUGUUUGCCGUGCACAGAACCAUUUGACCCGAUGGUAGAAAAGUGCUUUAUUUGCUUAAAUACUUGAGCAUCCUGUAAUAUUUGCAGUAAGUGUCUAUUGCGUUUAUGUUAGUUUUUUUUUUUAAUCCCUGCUGGUGAGGAAUCUCUUUGGGGUUUCAGGACUUGAGAACUUAUGAUUGACGUUGGCUCUUGCUGACAACAAAACUGCCAAAAAUGAUUUUAGUCCCUUUAGUAGCCCCAAGAAUGUUGCACUGAGAUUACAGGUACUUCCGCAUCUCUAUCUUGUAGGUACAUACAUAACCUUUAGAUCUUCUGGUCAGACAGUUUCCCAGCAGAGGGGCAGUUUUUGGAGCUGUUACUGCUAGUAUGGUUUUUGUUGUUUUUAUUUCAGUAUGCCUUGAACCAAAUUAGUGGCUUAAUAAAAUUAUUAUAAUUUUUUUACUGCACCAUAUGAAGUUUUCGUGAGAUGAGAAGUUGCGUUUGAACUUUGUUUUCAGACCAUACUUUUUUUUUUUAUCAUUUCAUUUUUAAUUACUAUUCUACUAUUUUGUAAUAUUAAUGCAAGUCUGUUUGUGUUUAAAAGUGUACAAUAUUUCGCACAGUAUACCAAUUUGUGCUGUGAUACUGUCACUUUAAAAUCAUGUGUGUACAGUUAGUUAUACAUAGAAUACGUGGAAAUGGCAAUGUUUUAUUUCAUUUUGCAUUCCUGUACAUGUCAGAAUUUAUUUUUGUUUACUGAUGCGAAUAUUACUGUGAGCAGUGCCAUAUGUUAAGAUAUGUCCAUACUUUUGUUCUACUACCCAGAAAAAAAGGCCUUGCUAGUGUAAAGAGUGAAUGAUAUCCGGGUGCAAGAUCCCUCACAACUUUCCAUGGUCACUUAAAGGGAUCGUUCACUCAAAAAUGAAAAUUCUCUCAUAGUUUACUCGCCCUCAUGCCAUCCCAGAUAUGUAUGAUAUUCUGUCUUCUGCUGAACACAAAGAUUUUUUAGAAGAAUAUCUCUGCUCUGUAGAUCCAUACAAUGAAAGUAUACUAAACUUUGAAGCCCAAAAAAAGCACGAAGGCUAUAAAGCUCCACUUUCAAACAGACCUCCUAAAUGUUGUUCUAUCCAAGGGUUUCUUUGUCUUUUGUUUUAUGCAAUUUUGUUUGUGAAUAUUGCUACUGUGCAGAGAGGAGAAUUUAUAGGGAAAAAGGACUUAAAUAUUGGUCUGUUUCUCCCCAACACCCAUCAUAUCGCUUCUGAAGAUAAAUAUUUAACCACUGGUGUUGUAUUAAUAACUUUUAUGUUCCUUGUAUUUGCUUUUUGAGCUUUCAAAGUUCUGGUCAACGUUCACUUGCUUUGUAUGGACCUACAGAGCUCAAAUAUUCUUUUAAAAAUCUUUCUUUGUGUUCUGCAGAAGAAAGUAAGUCAUACACAUCUGGGAUGGCAUAAGGGUGAGUAAAUGAUGAGAGAACUUUCAUUUUUGCGUGAACGGUCCCUUUAACGCUUCUUUGGUUUGGUCAGUGGCAUCAUAGUGAAUAUCUGUCCAUUACUGGAAUGUCUCAAAUCAGACCACAAGAGGGAGCUCUCUCCUCAUUUUGCCAUAACUUACCCGAUUAUGUCAGGAUCUCUUUCUUUUGUGCUAAUUCUCAUAUCACUUAGAAAGUAUGCACAGCGCUAUACUUUGAAUUAAAUGAAUAGAACAAACACAUUGUCUCAAAUGGUCAUUUGGCACCGUUAGUGCUGUCUAUGUGUCACUUUCUGUCUUCUAUACACAGUGAGGAACAACAAUUUGCUGGUCACUUGUCUUGUAUUAGAGGUGCGAACGUGUGCUGCCAAUGUUUUAAUGAAGAGAUGUAAACACCAAUUAUUGAAAUCAAAGUGCAGAAUUGGGGGAAACCCUCUUGAUAAUGAGACUGCUUUGAAGAGGUUUUUAGAUGCUUGGUCAAUGAGAUGAAAACGUAAUUUUUCUACGUAAAUUAAACGUAUGAUUGGUUGUCCAAUAUCGAGCCCUCAGCCGAAUUGAAGUUUUAGUGGCCCAUGUAAGUUUGAGAGAAUGUUUUAUUUACGAAGAUUCUUUUUUAUUAAUUUAUAUAAAUGUACUUAUUAUUUUACAAAGAAAUCCAUCUUCAAUCAAAAAUGAGAUUUAAAAGGGUCUGGUCAAAUAUUGUUAUUUUGUAAUUUAUUG